GUGGACCGUUCUUGUUGUUUCUAGUCUGUUAUUUCUGGAUUUUCCUGCUCGUAUCGAGCCACUGGCAGUACUGCGGAGUGCAACGGCAACAGCUCUUAUCCGUUAUGAACAUGGAUAUACCUGAGGAAACUGUUCGUGUUGCAACGGUGAAAGUGGGUGUUGUGCUCAUGCAAUUCCCAGACGCAGCUGGAAGCAGUUGUGUCAUCAGAGAGGACGGCCGUACGGUGGACUACAUGUUGGGGGGGAAAGAGGAAUCGUCUUUUUCGUUUGAUCAGGCUGUGACUCUGGAAACACUAGAGCAAGUUGAGCCAGAGAUCCUGCAGCCUCUUGCCGAGCUGGUCUCCUGCGGUUACACUGGAACGCUGCUGAUUGGUGGAAUCCACAGGACUGGCAAAUCCGGCGUAUCGAUUGACGAUGACAUCAUCAAAUAUGUUCUGAAGAUGUUGUUCAGCCACAUUUCAAAGGUGAAAUCGACAACGUUCAAUGCAGUAUCCUUCGUUCAGUUCUAUCCAGAUGACAGCACUCUGGAUCUCCUGAACCCUGAAAGACACGAUCUAAACCCCUUUCAUCACCCUGUCCUCGGAUGCCUGGUGGACGGGGUGUGUGAGGUGACGGUGGGCUCGGCCGAGGAGGCGUACGCUCUGUACGAGACGGGCAGGAGGAGGCUGGCGGACACGGCCGCCCCCGUCUCCAGCAGGUGUAGCUUCCUGUUCUCGGUCCAAUCGGAGCGCGAGCUGAGCCUGGAGGGGGCGGAGCCAGGGUUCUGCCGGGGCCGCCUGCAGCUGGUGGGCCUGGCAGGGGGAGCGAGCCGGACGGACCUCAGAGGAGUCAGCCCACUGGUAAAGACUGUGGAGCAGAUGGAGCUUGGGACGCGAACCAGCAACCACCUCCUCCCCUUUCUCCUAACGGACGCCCUCAGAGAGAGCGGCAUGACGUGCCUUCUGUAUUGCAUCCCUCCGCAAGCUCUUCUGGAUACUGAGGUUCCUUCAGCCUUAGCUCUGGCCCAACGGGUGCAGGGUCUGGUAACCACGGCAACCUAUGGCCACUGGUGUCCAAGGGUUACGGAGCAAGAGCUACGACUUCAGAUGCAGGGGCUGAGGAAAACGAUGAUGUCACCAGAGGAACAAGAUAGGGACAACGCCCUCAGGCUCGCAGAGCUCAUCAAGAUCCUGCAGAUGGUGAAGGAUCAGUCAUGGGAGAAGAGGCUGGAAAUGUCUGAGAAGUUAAAGAACAAAAUCAAGGAAUGGAAAUCUGCAACAAACAAACGGCGCCCAUCUGGUGAUCGCGGUGCAGAUUACCAAGAGACCACGGAACAAAUUAAAUAUCUACAGGACCAGUUGAGGCAGGAAAUGAAGGCACAUACCACAGAGGGCAAAGGGAGCGUGGAACAAGUGCAGGAGAGGGUGACUCGUAUCCAACAGCUGAGAGAAUCCCUCGACGAUGAGAUGAAGAAGAGCGGAUCCGCAUCCGUGGAAAAAAUGGAUUCCUCUCAACCGCUGGAGUACGGCCGUGCACUGGAACGACGGAGACAAACCCAGGAGGACCAUGAAGAAUUAAUCCAGGAGGAGCUGGAGAAGAUGGAAGAAGAACUGAAGCAGGAAAAGGCUGACGGCGUCCAGCGGGAGCUGCUGGUGGUGGCGGGCGAGAGGCGGGUCCUCACGCUGCAGCUCGAGGCCCUGCGCGCUGGGGCCCGGCAGGCUGAGGUUGACCUGGAGGACCUGCACAGCCGUCACCUGGAGGACAUGCAGCGCUUCAGAGAGGAGAGCCUCCAGGUGUUUCAGGUGUUCCACCAGGUGAGCGAGGAGCAGAAGUGGACCAUGAAGGAGAGGUACCAGUCCCUCCUGGUGGAGGCUGUCCAGGACGCAGUCUACCUCUCUGCUCAGAACCAGCAGCUCAAAGAGGAGAACCAGACGCACCGCGUGGCUCUAGGUGAACUGAAGGAUUCCCUGGCAACAAGAGGUGACCCAAUGGCUGAGUUUGCAUCUCCAUCAUAAUAAAGAAUUAGAUAAAAGCGCAAAAUAUUUUUAUUGAGUCAUUGAUAGGUUACAAUUACAUUUUCCGUAACAAAUUGCACUGCAUGUUCGACAACUUGGCAAAGGAGACAAAAUAGUGAAAAGGCAAAACUUUUAGAUAUUGGCAGCUGAUCAUUGCUUUACCUCUUGUGAGGCAAUGACUGCAAUUAUUAUAAUA